AUGCUACAACAAGUAAAAAAAUGUCAAUUCGGAAAGCAAGCCAAAGAGCUGGGAUCCACGUGGUUUGCAGAUUUAGGCCCUCCGUUUGGUGUCAUGUACUGCAUCAAAUGUGAGUGUAUACCGGUACAAAAGAAGCGGAGAGUGGUCGCUAAAGUACACUGCAGGAAUAUUAAGAACGAGUGUCCUGAACCAUCUUGCGACAGUCCGGAACUCCUUCCCGGCCGUUGCUGCAAGACCUGUCCGGGGGACACUAACUGUGAGUAG